AUGGAUGUACUUUUUGAAGAAGGUGCGGACGUAGUAUAUGAAGACACUAAAUAUUUUUAUCUAGCAAAUGCCCGAAACCAUUACCAAAAACACGCGUCCAAAGUCCGUUGGUCAGACGGGGACAGGAUCAUUGAUAUAGGCAGCGGAGACGGAGGGUUAACAAAUGUAUUGAAAAGUUUUAUAUCCGCCAACUAUAAAGAACUCAUUGGCUGUGAUGCCAGUGAAGAGCUGAUAGAUAUAGCGAACGAUAAAUACUGUGAUAAUAGAACUAAAUUUGUGUUGCUUAAUAUUGGAGAUGAGUUGCCUGAGAAAAUGAAAGGUAGAUUUAAUCGUGUAACUUCUUGUCACGCUUUGAAUUGGAUUAUUAAUCAAAGGCAAACGUUACAAAAUAUUUACGAUUUAUUAGCUGAAGACGGUGACUGUCUGCUCAUGUUUAUUGCAAAAAGCGCCUUGUACGAAGCCUAUAUCGCGAUAGCUAAAACGCAGAAAUGGCAGCCAUGGGUGAAAGCGAAUAUACAAUAUGUUACUCAAUAUCAAAAUUCUCAGGACCCGGUUAGUGAAGUAAGAAAACUAAUAGAUGGAGUAGGAUUCAAAACAGUCUCCGUUGAUUGCGAAGAGUUGUCAUACGUAUUUAAGAGUUUGGAAUACUUCUUGAGGUCUGAAGAAGCUGAUAAUCCAUAUAAAAUUCCCGAUGGACCACUUUUAAAAGAAUUUAUGCGUGAAUUAGAGAAUUUUUUAAUACGUAGGAAUCUACUGCCAGCGUUCAAUAAUACAGAUUUGAUCAACUACGUAGUUAGUAGAAUAGUUAUUUAUGUUAGUAAAUAAACUGAGAAUGUUUUUUAAUUGUUACUUAACUUUUUUCUUUACACAUCUCUGUACAUUUAUUAGUUUCAAAUUCAGAAACGUCUUUUUUCUUAGAUAAGCAAAUUCCACGUGAAAUCGUCACAUUAAUUAAGCACGCCUACUCAUUCACAAGGCAGAUUCCACUAAGAAGAUUGAGUAAUAAAUUCUAGGGACUGCUCUUUGUAAAAAUACAUUAGCUCAUAUUUGUCAUUUACGACAUUUAUUUAGGAUAUCAGAUAGAAACAGCAUGAAAGUGC